CAGAAACUUCAUCUUUGCAAGGGACCAAAGCCAACCAGACUCCAACACCAUGGCUUGCUGUGUCGCCCGCUGCUGCAGUGUCCCCACAGGACCUGCCACCACCAUCUGCUCCUCAGACAAGUCCUGUCGCUGUGGAGUCUGCCUGCCCAGCACCUGCCCACACACCAUUUGGCAACUGGAGCCCACCUGCUGUGACAACUGUCCCCCACCCUGCCACAUCCCUCAGCCCUGUGUGCCCACCUGCUUCCUGCUCAACUCCUGCCAUCCCACCCCAGACCUGCUGACUGUCAACCUCACCACCUAUGUGCAGCCAGGCUGUGAGGACCCCUGCGUCCCAAGGUGCUGCUGACCUGUGCCUCCCUUGCUGGGCACCAGUCUUCGAAAGAGUCAACCUGGGAGCUCUAUGCUUACCCGACAAAACCUGCAAUUAGUUUAUUCUGAUUUAGAAGUUGGAAUUGAGUGACAUUGUCAUGACAACAACCUCUUCUGCCUCAACAAAAAGAAACCAGAGUCUGGUAAUGCUACGUUUACUAUGUGUGGUUCAGACUGUGGAUGCUUCAAGACAUCUGAAGAUGUUGACUCCUUCAUCCUAAUCUGUUCCUUUCUUUGGGUGUUUGGGGCUUCUGUUUUCAGUCUUGGGUGGUAUCUCUCUGCAAAUCAAGGAAUUUCCUCAUGAUCUUCCUAAUAAAUCUUGUGUCUAUGGCAUAGCAGAAAUGUCUAU